UUCAGGUUCACCUUGACUCUGGGAGCUGCAGCGGAGCAGGUACCCGCUCCUGCACCUGUUUCUUUUGCACCUGACGUGCAGCUGCUCCUACCCACCUCUCCUGGCUGAGCCUGGCCUCUGCGGCACCCUGGAGGCAUCCUCUCCUCCCCCAGCCUCACCCUCCCAGGGCAGCUCCUCCACUCAGCUCCUUCUCUAGGGAAGGUCUCGCCUCCAGUCCGGAGCAGUCAGAAUUACAGCAGAAAGUCUCCCCUCCACUCAGGGAGCGUCAUGACCGAAGUUGGUUGGUGGAAGUUGACCUUCCUCCGGAAAAAGAAAUCCAGUCCCAAGGUGCUGUACGAGAUCCCUGACACCUAUGCCCAAACGGAGGGAGGCACAGAGACUCCAAGGCCCGACACUGGAGGGCCCAACAGCGACUUUAACACUCGUCUGGAGAAGAUUGUGGAUAAGAACACAAAGGGCAAGCACGUCAAAGUCUCCAAUUCGGGUCGCUUCAAGGAGAAGAAAAAAGUCCGGGCCAUGCUGGCGGAGAACCCCAGCCUCUUUGAUGACCAGGAGAACAAAGGACAGUGAGAGGGGCCGAGGAGGAUGCUAGCAUCUCCCUGCUCCUUGCCAUCAGCCGGAUCUGAGACAGGAGCUUGCCACACUGGCCUCUGGUCAUAGCUGAAACCUUAGGGGCAGUUGAUGCCUGCUGGCAGGAAACGUCUGGGUUUUAAGUUUGUAUUUCUGUGCCCCAGCUUUGUGUAAGGCCUGGGAGACCCCAGGCUCCCCUCCUCUUCCCCUGACCACAUACAAUGGCACUCUUGAAUGAGGAGGAAAACUCCCACCCUGGAAGCCCAGCCCCCCUUGGAGGUGAGCGGAGGGGAGUAGAGAGGAGGAGUGGCAGACUCCACCUCCCCUGUGAACACAGGGUCAAGGGUGAGUUUGAAUUGCUGCUCCCUCUACUUUCUCUACUUGUAACUGUUCCCUGGACCAAUCCUAGGAGAGCACAUUUUCCAGAAGCCACAGCCACGUGAUUGGGGGAGGGGAUGGUUUCCUUGGUGCCAGAGGCGGAGAUGUUGAACUUGAGCUCACCUCUUAACACAAGUGGUAAACUUCCUGGAACUUUGCCCCCAGGUGUGGAGUAGUGGAGGACCCAGUCACUCCCUGGGAUGGCUGCAGAAGGCCCGACCAGUGACUCCCCAGGUUUCUGUGUUGCCACUUGUGCAGAGACCCUCAAAGGGAAGCCUCACCAGCCAAGGAGCCAAACUGACGGUGUGGGUGGGAAAGCUCUGGUAGGAACUAAAAGCAGCCAGUUUUCUCCUCUCCUCCUCCGAUAGUAUUUAAGACAUGAAUCAUGGAGCUUUGAAUUUUGUUUAAAAAGUAAUUGAAGGUUUCUCUUUGUGAUAAACAAUUCUGUAAAAGCAGAGAGCCUAUUUAUGCUCUUAUCUUGCA